CUGCUCUGGUGAUAAUCGCUGGUGUGUUAGCAGAGUUUAAAAGAUUAGUUUGCAUUAGGGGCUUAGUGUGAGCUAAGAUGCAUCACUUCCCCUUUUCUUUCCAUCUGUCUUGCUCUGUCUCUGUUUGAAAAUUGGUUCUUGGAGAUAGUCUGUAAAAAAAUACAUUUAAUGUAAAUGUUUUUUCUGUAUUCUAAUAAUUAGAACUUCCAUUUUGAGACAACAGAACAAUGGAUUCCUGAGUAGAGAAUGAGUGGAUGACGUUCAUAUGAGGAGAACUGAACAGAUAUAGACUUUUCUGCAUUAGAGAAGUAAUACCACCAACGAAACGCCAUGAAACUAGAAGCUUUUCUUCUGCUGCUUCUGGGGUCCAUGCAUGGGGUGUUCACGCAAGUGCCUAUAACUGCAUUUACUGAACGAACAGCUGUGGAGGAAGAUCUAGGAAGUGGUCUGUUAGAGGUGGAACAGGAAGAUAACCAGGGAGACACUUACUGGUCCGGGACAGCCCCACUUUGUUUUGGAGGGUGUAAGGGCAGACAUAGGGAGUUAAAGAGAGACAACUGUGGAGAUUCAGACUGCUGCUGGGUGGGAUACAAAUCCCUCUGUAGAGUGAAUUGUGGAAAACCUGAUGUGGACUUUAACGGGAUGGUGUAUGGGAGUGAUUGGUGGGUGGGUUCUGUGGUGCGGUACGACUGCAGGCCAGGUUUCGUGUUGGUUGGAGAUCCUGCUCGAGCCUGCCAGUCUAAUGGGAAAUGGACGCCCAAACCGUCCUGCCUCAGAGUGUGUCAUCGUGGCCGGGUUGAGAUCAACGAGAAGGACAUUGACGGGACGUGUUCGUCUACCUGUCCUGAUGCUAAGAGCUAUGCGGUUCCUCUGAACCACGUAUGCAGUCGCAUUGAGAACUGCAGGACUAAAGAAUCAGGCUGGAAGCGCUGGUUUACACGCUGCAACUUCUGCGACUGUGACUGCUUCACUCGCUGUGCUUCUACAAGAUAGAAGACGGUUAAUCUGUUUAUCCUUUUCUAUGAAGACUGACAUUAUGUUUAUUUGAGUUCUGGAAACAACCGAAUGCUU